CCCCACGUUCGCACGUGUAUCGAAGCCUUCUUUCCUCCCCAAUUAAUAGCAAUGUCUGACCUUAAGGCCGAUUUCGAAGCUGCUGCUGCGCUUGCCAAGACUUUCACAAAGAACCCCACCAACGACGAGAAACUCGCCCUUUACGCCUACUACAAGCAGGCCACUGUGGGAGACAACACGACGCCCGCCCCCGGCAUGUUCGACCUGACGGGAAAGGCCAAGUGGAACGCCUGGAACGCCAAGAAGGGUGUGUCCACGGAGGACGCCAUGAAGGCCUACAUCGCCGAGGUGGAGAAGCAGAAGGCUGUCUACGCUUGAAGUGCGGCUGCCAGGUCGCGUCUGUAGCUAUGCCCCCCUCUCACUCAGUAGAGAAGGGGUCAUUUCUAUCCGUCUCCGCUUCAAGCAGUUUAUGUAUGCAGUUUUGAACGCUACGGGGAAAAUGGGGACGAUCGACCCGAUGCCAGCUCACGUUUGAGUCGCUGAUAACUUCGUAAUAGUUUUCAUGAAAUGUUAACAGACGACCAUGACAUGUUUGUGUGGGUUCAUUU